UACACGUGCAUCGUUUCUUCCAGUACGCGUGUUGGGAAAAGACCAGCAGGAGUCACCGCUACACCAGUUACACUGAACCUCAAUCGAGCAGAGAAACAAAAUGCCGGAAGUGGGCUUUCGGGAUACGGAGUUUCGGGAUUCGUAACAGUGGAAGUUUACACUAUUAAGUAAACGAGUGUUUCUGAGGCUUUAAACGGCCGGUGAUCGUCAGGUCGUGUUUCAUUCAUUUGCUCUUUCACAAUGGGACUCCCUGCACUGGAGUUUAGCGACUCUUUUCUGGACAGUCCAGACUUCAGAGAGCGUCUCAAAUGCCACGAGAUUGAGCUGGACCGUACUAAUAAAUUCAUAAAGGAGCUGAUCAAAGAUGGCAACAUGCUCAUCAAUGCGCUUAAAAAUCUUUCUGCAGCUGUGCAGAAGUUUUCCCAGUCUCUUCAAGAUUUCCAGUUUGAGUGUAUUGGAGAUGCCGAAACCGAUGAUGAGAUUAACAUUGCCCAGUCAUUCAAGGAAUUUUCCCAGCUCCUGAACACAGUGGAGGAAGAAAGACGACGACUUAUACAGAACGCAGAUGAUGUCCUGAUUACCCCUUUGGAGAAGUUUCGCAAAGAGCAAAUCGGAGCAGCCAAAGAAGGAAAGAAGAAAUUUGACAAGGAGACGGAGAAGUAUUACACAGUUUUGGAGAAGCACUUAAGUCUGUCUUCCCGAAAGAAAGAGCCUCAUUUGCAGGAGGCAGACACCCAGAUAAAUAAGGAAAGACAGGUCUUCUAUGACGCCUCUAUGGAAUAUGUUUUAAAAAUCCAAGAAGUGCAAGAGAGGAAAAAAUUUGAAUUUGUCGAGCCGCUACUAGCAUUCCUUCAGGGACUGUUCACCUUCUACCAUGAAGGUUAUGAACUGGCACACGAAUUUGAGCCGUACAAGCAACAAUUACAGUUCAACCUCCAAAAUACAAGGAAUAACUUUGAAAGCACAAGACAGGAAGUUGAGAACCUUAUGAAAAGGAUAAGAUCUGCAGAGCAGGACUUUAAAGCCCCUGGACAAUGGACCAUGGAGGGCUUCCUCUAUGUGCAAGAGAAAAGACCCCUUGGGUGCACAUGGAGUCGACAUUACUGCACAUAUGAAAAAGGAACCAAAAUGUUUACUAUGAGCAACUCAGAAUUCAAAUCUGCAGGCAAACAGAAUGGACUGAUCUUGAGCCCACCUGAGAUGUUUAAACUAAAGUCCUGCAUCCGACGGAGGACGGAUUCAAUUGACAAGCGUUUCUGCUUUGAUAUUGAGGUGGUGGAAAGGCAUGGCAUCAUAACCCUUCAGGCUCUCUCUGACUCUAACAGACGACUGUGGAUGGAGGCCAUGGAUGGAAAAGAACCAAUUUACACUCUUCCUGCACUUCUGAGCAAGAAAGAGGAAACAUUCCUAAAUGAAGCAGGCUUUAAUUUUGUAAGGAAGUGUAUAGAGCUUGUGGAAACAAGAGGCAUUAACACAAUGGGACUGUACAGAAUAGGUGGAGUUAAUUCUAAAGUCCAACGACUUAUGACUUCAGUGUUUGCUGCCAAAGCUCCCACAGAUAUGGACCUUGACCCAGACACCUGGGAUAACAAGACCAUCACCAGUGGUCUAAAGAAUUACCUCAGAUGCUUGGCAGAACCUCUCAUGACCUACAGAUAUCAUAAAGACUUUAUCAUGGCAGUCAAGUCUGAUGAUCAGAAUUACAGGGUCUGUGCUGUCCAUGCGCUCGUCCACAAACUCCCGGACAAGAAUAAAGAAAUGUUGGAUAUUCUCAUCAAACAUCUGCAUGUGGUUUCCACACACAGCCAGAAGAAUCUGAUGACCGUGUCUAACCUUGGUGUGAUAUUUGGCCCCACACUCAUGCGGUCACAGGAAGAGACAGUGGCUGCCAUGAUGAACAUCAAAUUUCAGAAUAUUGUAAUGGAGAUUCUCAUAGAAAACUACGAUAAGAUAUUUCAUCAAGCUCCAGACCCCAACGUUCCUCUACCACAGCCGUCGUCUCACUCUCAUGCUCAGACUCGCACCAGCAACCGGCGCAACAAAGCCAUCUGCCUGUCCACAGGGUCCCGCAAGUCCAGAGGCCUGUAUCCCCCCACGCUGUGCCUGGCUGAUGCUGAUAGUGAUACGUUCAGCAGCAGUCCCAGCAGCACCCCUAUGGGCAGUAUGGAGUCUCUCUCAUCACAUUCCUCAGAGCAGAACAGCUACUCAAAGACGGGCUCUCCCUCACGCGCCAAACACAAGAAAUCAGGGACUCUGUGCUGGACCACUCCCUCCCCUUCCUCCAAUGGACCAAAAAGCUCCGCUUGCACCAACAGUCCUGAUUCCAGCUCCAAAGAGGACGCCACCAAGACGGAUGGUGAAUGGGAGGAGGCCCUGAGUACGAGCCCGGGGGAUCGAGGUUCUCCAACAUUAGACCUCUUUCAGAAGCCUCUAGGAGACCAACAGGAGGAGCAUGCAGAAGAACGACACAGUCUAUCCACCUCUUCUUCUCUCACAUCGCUCCAUAUCUCUGAGGGUUUCAGGAGCUGUCACGGUUCCAUUCAGAGUCUUGUGUCACAUGGCCAUAGAGAUCAUGAGAGUCUCAAGUCUCUCCAUCUGCCAGAUCUUCCUGCCAAGGAGAGCAUCAGAUACAGAGCUGACUCCUCUGCCAGCAAUGGCUACCAGAGACCUGGAUCUGUUGUGGCCUGUAGAGCAGCCAUCUUUGAAAGUCCUGCUAUUUCUCAUCCGACAAUUUUGGGAAGAGAUGCAAAGGCCUUGUAUUCCUGCAAAGCAGAGCACAGUCAUGAGCUGAGCUUUCCACAGGGGGCGCUGUUCUCCAAUGUGUAUCCAUCAGUGGAACCUGGGUGGCUUCAAGCGACCUAUGAAGGCAAAACUGGACUCAUACCAGAAAAUUAUGUGGUGUUCCUCUGAUCUUUCUGACAAAGGCUAAAGCAAAGUCCAUGGUAUCCAUGGUGUUUCAUUUUUACAAAAAAGGACGGAUGUCUAUGCUUUACUGUAUGUAAAUAUAUUAAGUACAUAGCAUUUUUAACCAAACCAAAAAUCACUCCAUAUGGUAAUGCUUUUAGAUAGUAGAAAUGGCUUAUUAUGUAUUAAUAUUAUUUGUUACCUUCCAGGUACAAGCAUUUGACUGUAUUAACAUACAUUCCUCCAUUUAUAAAUUCCCCUAUAAUGCAAUAAUUUUAAAACUGUAGUUAAUGAGAUAAAAUUGUCUCAUAAUAGUAAAAUUCAGAUAGAAACUAAAGAUGUGUGUAAUAUAGAUAUAGAGACAUAUUACACAUGUGUACCUCAUACAAAGUGUUUAUUUUUAGUCAUACAUCCAAAAUUAGUAACUUUUCUCAAAAUCUAAAAAACUGAAAUAAGAUACAUGCAAAUGUGUCUAUUAAGAACAUGAAUGUGAAUGAAAGGUAAAUCCUAUCAGCACUUCUUGGAAGAUUUUUGGUAGUGCCCAAUUUUUGGGAAUAUUUUUGAAUGUGAUAUCAAGAGAUCAGUCGUAUCUUUCAUUUCAGUUAUAGUGCUGUGUAGCAAAGUACUACUGCAACAAUAUUAACAGUGUUACUCAUCUUUUAGGUGAAAUAAUUUCUAAAAACCAAUUGAUGCUCAUUGUAACUGUGCAAUUUCAAAACUUUACAUAGAAACAUGGUACCUCAUAGAUUUUUAAGUAAUUUUUAAAUAAUACAUCUUCAAUGACUUUAGGAACCAAAAGAGGUUUCCUUGACUUCAAACCUAUUUAAUUAUACUAAUAUACUUUUGUCAAUUUUGUUGCCUAUGCUAUGUAACAAAAAGUGUGCCUUAGGCAGUUUAGUCCAUACUGAAUGUAUUUGUUAAGUUUAAUAUAGUGUUUUCUUUUAUGAAGUACGUUUAAGAAAAGAAGAAAAUACUUCUGACAGUAUUAAAUUGUGUCCUGAAUGCAUGUCAUUUGUUAAACUGUGCUAGCAAAAAUGCAGUUGUUCAAGUAAUAGUCCUACUGUAUUUUACUUUACACUGGUUUAGCAUUUCUGUAUGUUUUAAUGGAGUAAAACCAUUUACAUACAGAUGAUUAUAACAGCUAAUAACAUCAUUCACAAAGUUAUUUAAUGCUUGUCUGAUUCAUUUCUCAUAAAGCAUUUUUAAUAUUAAAGGGACAGUUCACCCAAGAUUGAAAAUGAUGUCAUUGUUUACUUAUCCUCAUGUUUUUCUAAACAUGUAUGAGUUUCUUUAUUUUGAUAAAUGAUUGUGACCACACUUAAUUAUAAUAGACAGUAUCAACA